GGUUAUCCUGAAAUAUGUCUUGUUUUCCAUGUGUGACGGUUAACUACAUUGUAGGCUUUACUGGACUGAUAGUUUCUGACGCCAUCCCAAUCAACGCAUCUGUGUCUCGUGUCCAAUGUGCUGGGCUGUGUCGGGAGGACUUUAGAUGUAACUCUUUCUUCUAUAACAAACAUGACAGGUACUGUUACCUCUCCUACACCCUUAAGGACCGGGUGUACCAUCGAGGGGAACUGAAAGAAGCAGAUGGCAUCGGCUACUAUCUUAUUGACCAAGCCCGUGGUUGCAAAGCAGACUCUGGAUAUGACUUCUCAAGACUGUCUGACCAAUGCUAUAGGUAUUACACUGAAAAGAAAGAAUGGAAUGCCGCCCAACAGGAAUGUGCCUCUGUCGGUGCUAAUUUGAUUCCUAUCCAUGAUGACAGAUCACGUGACCUGAUGAGAUCUUUAAUAUCUACAGGAGUGGUAUGGAUUGGAUUGAAUGACAUCGCCACGGAACAAGCCUGGGUCUGGGUAGAUGGCUCGGCCUUGACAUCAAACUACUGGAACACAGGGGAACCAUUAUCUAGUCGUAUAAGUAACUGUGUAAGUUACAACCCACACCGCAGCCAGGGUUGGGAUGACGUCAGGUGUAACAACAACUAUCCGUUUGUUUGUAAAUACACACUGUAGUGAAAAGGGCAUGGACAAGCUAAAAUUUUAAGUCUACACGUAUUGUAAAGCAUGCCUCAUUCAGAACAUAUGAAUAUUUGUUGCUUGAAAUAAUCUAAGUGAUCUAACCAUUUAAAGUACAGUGUGUAGACUUCGGUAUUUAUAUUGAUAUACAUGACAUAUAUCUUUCAUUGACAGAGGUUGUUGUCGCUUGAGAAGCUACUUUAAAUUCGAGUAGUUUGUGAAGCUUCAUCGCAAGGGACAAAGUGAAAGUUUCAGCUCAGCAAUUCACAAACCAUUGACAUUUGUAUGUACCUGUUUUGUUAACCUUCCCCAUGAUUAUACAUUAAAAAUAUAUUGAUAAUCUGAAUGAGCCAAUUGUUGAAACCUGUUCAUGAAAUACACUCAUGUUGACAAGAUCAGUAAGUAAACACAUAAUCUUUGUACAAAUAAUUCUGUUCAUUAAAUGAGUAAAUAAGCUUUUAGCAAUAUUACAACAAUAUCAUAGCGACGCCAGAAGUAGGCUUCACACAUUGUACCAAUGAACAUGUAUCUAAUUCACAUGAGAAAGUGAAACAUUUGUAAAUAUUCUCAAAAGUUGAUACCACAGUAAAUACUUUAUCAAGAAGUUUUUUCAAUGCUUUUCUUUUGAUUGUAACAGGUGCUGUACACCGACACCUUUCUGAACUUACAAGGUUUGAAUUACUGAAUUACUGCCUUAGAAAGUUAUUUCUAAUUGAGGAUAUCAAGGGUAUGCAUUUGAAUAGUUGUUAUAUGCUCAUAUUACCGCCACUGAAUCGCGUUGAUCAUAUAUGUUUCCACAAUGUGAAUUUUUGGGUUCAUAUAGGGUUUUUUUCACAUAUGGUGAUAUCUAUGCCAUCAAGGCUCAUAUGACUUUUUAAGGCCCAUCUAUAUCAAUAUUCUCUGCUAUUUCUAGAAACUAAAUAAUUAUAACACGGCGUUCGGCGACGGCCAUGUGUGCUCGAUUUGGGUGAUCUAGUCUGCACACUCUGCCUUGAGUGUGUGUUCAUGAGCCAAUUAACUGGAUACAUUUUUGCCCAUGAAAUGCUUGGAUGACGUGCCUGUCUCAUUCCAAAAUGCUGAUCAUAUGAUCUCCAAACAAUCCCAUCAUGCUGUUGUGCUGCCCACCUAAAUGUUAUGCAUAUACUUAAUCAGAUCUUGGUGCUUUUCAGGCAUCCUUUCCAGAUUCUUCAAUUGUGCUAACGUUGGCAAAGAACGUUUUCAUAACCUCAAUACCACCCCUGCUAUUCAUUGUAACCAAUAUUACUGAAAUCAAGGCAUUCUGAAUUCCAGAUUCUUACUUUCAGUGAUUGUUGCAAUGUGAGUAAAUGAGUUAAAGUUUAACGUCGCAUCGGCAUUAUUGGAGCCAUAUAGCGACGGGACGAAGUUAACAUUCACAACUGAGUUAUUACCGACAGUUACCAAAGCAAGCCAACCUCGCUGGGGAAAAUGAGGACUCAUGGUACCUCGGCUUCCUGCAUGAUACCCCAGCUACUGGUGGUUGUCCUGGACAGAGAAUUCAAUAAUGUAAGUUGAUUAUAGCAUCACAAUCAAUUUAAAAGCAAGCGUUUAAUUAUUUACAUUAUUCAGACCUAUUUCUUUCAAGUAAAUCAAGAUGAGAUGCCCGCUUACACGGGAAAAGAGAUCUUUCAGAUUUACGCUUUGAUAAUGUGGUUGAUGGUGAACCUUUCAUCACAAGGGAUACCUUAAGGAAGUUCGUCCUCAUCUGUCUUCAGCAUAUAUUCGUAGGUAAACCGACUGCAAAACGACCUCAUCAUGUCUUGACUGACAACCUAAGUAUGUAUGACCGAUUGUUGGUUUUAAUUCGUGAAGUUUAUUGCUUCCUACCGCGGUGUCCAACCUCUGUUGCAUGAUAUCCCGAGUAUAACUCUUGAUGGUUGGUUUGAAAUCACUGUACGGGAUAAGUAGUGGAUAUAAUGGUUUGUCAAGAGCAGCUUUAGCUGCAGCAUAGACUUUUGAGUUACCUGUUAUGCCUACAUGACUUGGUAACCAGCAUAAGACGAUGUCAUAUUGGCCAGUAGAAUGAUCAUUAUAUAGAUCUAAAAUGUCUAGGAUAACAGGAUGAUUUGAGGACACACUUUUAAGUGCGUGAAGGCAUGGCAAUAAAUUGGAGAAGAUGAUGAAAGUUUUUGAUUGGUUUUGUUGUUGAAUGUAGGUCAUAGCUGUUAAGAUAGCUUCUGCCUCAGCAGUGAAGAUUGAACUAUUACCUGGGAUUCUUGAGGAGACAGUUCUGGCUCCAGUUAUGGUGGCACUUGCAACUUUGCCACCACCAUUGGACUCUUCUGUAAAAGUGGAUCUGGGAGGCUUGUAUUUUGUUCGUAAUUAGUUAUAUGAUUGCUGAUGAACCAAAGGCUUUGUUUCGGACUUUGAUCUGGGUGAGGGUAAGGUCUACCUCUGACUUCACCAUCUGCCAGGGAGAAGACGGACAACGGUCAAGUGAUUUAAUAUUUAGAUCUAUUUCAGCUGCAGUGAUGUGUGGUAGAAUUUUGAUUCCAAGUGGUGGAAUCAAGUUGGACAGAUUUCGAUACAGGUGUUCACAUUGAGGCUGGAAAACACAAUUGUAUGCUGGAUUUGAUUUAUUUGAAUGCAAUUUAGUAAUGUAUUGCAGUGAAAAUUUAAUGCGGCACUGUUCGAGUUAAGGUUCAUCAGACCCGUGAAGAGUCCAG